AUGCGUCCGUUAACCGACGAGGAAACGAAGAUUUUAUUCGAGAAACUCUCGAAAUACAUCGGUGAUAAUGUUCGAAUGUUAUUGGAACGCCCCGAUGGACUCUAUACAUUUCGUUUACACCGUGAGCGUGUCUACUAUUGCAGUGAAGCAAUUAUAAAAUACGCAAGUAAUUUUCCUCGGAAAGAACUACUCAGUUUCGGUACAUGUUUCGGUCGAUUCACUAAAACACGUAAAUUUCGAUUACAUAUAACUGCAUUGGAUUUUAUUGCUCCAUACGCCAAAUUCAAAGUCUGGUUGAAACCAAAUGCUGAACAACAAUUUCUCUAUGGACACAAUGUUGUUAAAUCAGGUCUAGGACGUAUUACAGAAAAUACACCGAAAUACAAUGGUGUCAUUGUCUAUACCAUGAAUGACAUGCCAUUAGGAUUUGGUGUAGCUGCAAAAUCAACAAUUGAAUGUCGAGCAGCUGAUCCCAUGGCAUUAGUUGUUUUCCAUCAAGCUGAUGUCGGUGAAUUUCUUCGCAAUGAAGAUGCAUUAACAUAA